UGUGCGUCUCCCCCGCGCGCAGGCGGCCGUGGUAUAGCCCAAGGCGGAAGCGGCUCUCGGACGCCACUGGCUCGCGAGCGCAGCUAUGGCUGCAGGCGUCCCCUGUGCGGUUGUCACUAGCUGCUCCUCCACCUUCUCCGGAGACCGGCUGGUCCAGCAUAUCCUCGGAACAGAAGAUCUUGUUGUGGAAGCAGCUGCCGAUGCUGUGAGGUUUUAUCCCUGGACCAUUGAUAAUAAAUACUACUCAGCAGAUAUCAAUCUGUGCGUGGUGCCGAACAAAUUUCUCAUCACUGCAGAGAUCGCGGAGUCUGUCCAAGCAUUUGUGGUGUACUUUGACAGCACACAAAAGUCUGGUCUUGAUAGUGUCUCCUCAUGGCUUCCACUGGCAGAAGCAUGGUUACCUGAAGUCAUGAUCCUGGUUUGUGACAGAGUGUGUGAAAAUGGUGUAAACCGACAAAAAGCUCAAGAAUGGUGUAUCAAGCAUGGCUUUGAAUUGGUAGAACUUAGUCCAGAAGAGUUGCCUGAGGAGGAUGAUGACUUCCCAGAAUCUACAGGAGUAAAGCGAAUCGUUCAAGCCUUGAAUGCGAACGUGUGGUCCAAUGUGGUGAUGAAGAAUGAUAGGAACCAAGGCUUUAGCCUUCUUAGUUCAUUGGCUGGAGCAAACCAUAGCAUUGGAUCAGCAGAUAUGUGUGCCUCAGAGCAGCCCCAUUUGCCAGCAGCAGCGAGGACUGAAUCUCCCUUGGAUCAUCGGGGCAGUGCAUCUAACACAACAGACACUCGGGCUGAGACCAUCGCGGGUAAGUUCCUCCUUUGGCUGCCAGGAGACUGCUCUGUGGAACUUGGAAGAGAUCCCAUGUUAGAUCUGGAUAUUCAAGAAUUAGCCAGUCUUACUACUGGUGGAGGAGAUUUGGAGAAUUUUGAAAGACUGUUUUCAAAGUUAAAGGAAAUGAAAGCUUUAGAACAUCCGUACACUCCAGACUCUCCUGUGCUAUUAAGCGAAUUUCUUAAGGUCUGUUUUCCCCCUAGACAAGGCUGCGACGCUUCCUCACGAGCAAAGAAAGUUGCAUGCAGAAAAGGUGGCCAAAGCCUUCUGGAUGGCAAUUGGGGGAGACAGAGAUGAAAUCGAAGGCCUUUCCUCUGAUGAAGAACACUAAGUCGCCCACACUAGGAUUUGACUGCCUCAGACUCUUCCCUACUGCACUCAGUUCUGUUUGGCCAGACUUCCCAGCAUCCUGUUGGCCUCCUGACUUAGUUCUAGGGCUGCCUUACUUUUAGUUUUUAGUAGGGGGUAGUGGGGCUUUUCUCCCUCAGUAUAGUGGAAGGGAGUGAGGAAGGUAAUGCCAGCAAGGAGUGACAGUUUUCCCAGUACAGAGGCCUGGGUGGUUUGCCCCAGCUGCAGGAGGAGGCCACCAUGCCAUUCCCGGCCCACCUUUCGCAGAGUGUCCUCUGCAGUCACACUCUGUCACUGUGGAUCAGGAACUGGUGCCGCCUUUCCUCAGGCUUCUGGAUUUUCCGCCUGCAGGGAGCUUGCCCACCCUGAGCUUUGGUGCUUUCGAUGGUAGGGAAGGAAGCAGCAGACUUGAUUUGUGCCACGCAAUAGGUGGGCCUGGAGUCACUGGCUCUCAGCUCAGUCUCGUGCAAAAAAAUGUCUCUGGCUGUUUCUUGUGAAAGAGUGUCUCAGCUCACACCAGAAACUACUGAGAAACGAGGGUGAAUUUUUAGACAAUGAUAGAGGAGGCCAAGGUGUCCUCCUCUGGUAGGGAUAAACAAACCCAUCUACCAGGUUGCUCUUAUUGUGGGGGGCGUGGUUUGUGUUUAAGAGAGAGAAAGAAACUUCAGGAAUUCCCUGUUCUGGGCCACUGAAGCGGUCUGUGACCUUAAUCUGGAGGCUUUUGCAUUAGUCCUACCAGGAGGAAACUCGUCUUCCUGAGAGCUCGUGAGACAUCAGAGCUGUGCUGUCACACUUUAUACCCUCAAAACAAGGCAACUUUCCCCUCUUUGUCUCUGAGAACCCAACAGAUCACUGCCAGCACAGUCACACUGCAGGGUGCGUGAGCCAGAGAAGGAGGGAAAGGAUGUGAGAGGUCAGUGUGACGUGCAGGGCUCGGAGUGGGGGCUCAGCUUCGGGGGAGCCGAUCCCCACAGGGAACGUUUCCUAAAGAAGGGUGGGAAAUACAGCAAAUAAAAAUCCCUACUUCUGUGUUUGUAGACACUUGGGAAUGUAUGCCAUUGACCUUCACUGUGGUAGCCAUUGUCACAGUUCUAGACUGGCGCAUGGUGCCCCAACUGGCUGAUGCUGGCGAACAGGCUGACAGCCCCUCCUGGCUUAGCGUGGACUGCGAACUCCUUAGGUCACCAGCAGAAACAAGCUUCAGACCCCUCUGUGCCCCGCUAAUCUCUGCAGAAGGAAUGGCGGGAGGAGUGGAAUGCUCCAGGCCCUGGGCCAGGGCAGCCUUGACCAAGGAGGGGACGGUUUCAGUGAUUGGAGCAUUCAGGAAGAGCCAUCAUUGCAGGCAACAUUGGCAGUUAUCUUGCUUGGUGACCCUUUCUCCCCCCUUUCCUUCUUUUUCCCCCCUCCCUCUUUUAACUAUUCUGAAGGUCUUUGAGACAAUAGUUGAUCACCAUUCCAUCAUCUUUGAGGUGGCUGCAUUAGCUGUUGAUAAGAAUGCAAGGGAGGUUGGCUCUGGGGUUGCAAAAUGAAAGGCAGAAUAUUCUUAAAACAUGAAGGGUUUCAGAAAAUAUAUCAGGUCACAUGGUUAGGGAACACAGACUAGAAAAAGCUGUGAAUGUGAUUUUCUGGAUUAAACAAAGCCAGGUGAUUAAAAUAUUUAU